UGAAAGUCUUUCACUGGUCUCGUGUUUGUGAGAAACAGCGCCCGCUAUGGAUAGUUUACCACUAUUUUCCUUAGAGACUGUUGCUAACAACUUUGACUAAUAUGAGGAAGACAUGUCAAAUAAAACCACCUGAAGAGUGAUAACAGUAAGCCCAGUGUUUUGUGACUAUAGUCAUCAUCAUCAUCAUCAUGCCUCGUGGAAGAUCAGCAGCCAGUGUCCUCUCUGACAGCAGUGACUUGGACUUUGAUGGAAUUGUUGAGACAGAGGUGGAAAAACUGCAGAGACAGUUUCGUAUAACAGAGGGGGAUCGGCAGGCCUACAGCAUCCAGUCACAGGAAAAAAUUCGCAAACAGCGGCAGGAGAUUUCUAAGCUGCGUGAGGAACAGGAGGAGUUGCUGCGUGUGUUUGAGUGCCAGUCAAAUAAAAAGAGCGACAAUCAGGACACUGAGUGUAUCCAAACUCUGCUGGAGCAACGAAACACAAUGGAUGAUCAACUAGAGAAUGAGAGACUGACCCAAACACAGCUGGAACAGGAGAUCACGAAUAUGGAGAAAAGGCUGGUGGAAGUGAGAAGAGGAGAGAUCACGGCUUCCCAGAGUCACACAUCUCAGGCCCGCCACGCUCAAAAGGCCACACGCACCCUGGAGAACAAACUAGACCGGGCUCUUAUUCGCUUUAACGAACAGCUGACGAAGAACAGCCAGCUCAGAGAAGAGCUCGAGACACUCCGCAUGGAGCGCGUCCGAUUCCAGCAGCUGCAUCGCAGACUGGAGAAGGUAUUGCAAGAUGUUCGUAAGGAUAUCGGUGAAGUUAUCGACAUGUCAACCACAGCUUAUGAUGCAAGAGAGGAGGCUCAGACCAAAAUGACCAUGAUGAAGGAGAAGGCGAUAAAGGAUUUUGCGCAGUACUCAGCUGAGAAGAAGGAGUUGGAGAGAGUCAUCGCUCAUGAACGCAGACUCAAAGAGUUCAUGGCCACCAAGAGUAACGAGAGAACCGCUAUGGAUGAUGGACAGGAAAUGAGACGCAGACAAGAGAUGAAGCAGCAGAGGAGGGCAGACGCCGGAGAGGUCACAUUUGAAACUCUGGAGGAGGUUUUCCAGCAGAUUAAGAGAUUGACUGGAGAAGAUAAUUUGGAGAUGUUAGUUACAAAAUUCAUCAAGGUUGAGGACAGGAACUUUGCUCUUUUCAACUAUGUGAAUGAACAGAACAUAGAAGCUGAGAAACUGAGAGAGCAAAUCCAUCAGAUUGGAGAAGAGAUGGAGCAGUUGCACAUGAAAGGUGUCCAACAGGAACAGGAAAAUCAGGUGGCGUUACAACAGGUGAAGGAUCUACAGGAAGAGUGUGAGAGACAGACCCAACAGUAUGAAGCCCAGGCCAAUGACAUCAACAAGAUCCUUGAUCAGAUCAACACAGGGAUAGACAGUGUGUUCAAUAAGAUUGACUGCGACCCCACACUGGUGGUAGACAUGCUGGGCUCUUCCUCUGGGAUUAGUGGCAGUAACGUCAUGACGUACCUCAGCCUGGUGGAGCAGAGGACCAGUGACCUGCUCACCAUUCAAGCCUUCAUUAAAUCUAAGGACGAGGAGAAGAGUUACGACCUGAAAGAGGUCGCUCAGUUCCUGCUGGGUCAGAAGCCAGAUGUGCAGAAACAUGCAGCGAUCGUUCAGCCCCCCAUUACCAGGCAGGAUUAUGAGGCAGAGGACUCUUCUCUCACAGAUGAGGAGGAUCGACCUUUGACCCACAAAGAACUCCAUCAGCACGUUAUGAUGAGCAGUGUCCUGCGUAAAGACGAGUCUCUACAUACAGGAAGAGGAAAAGAUGUGAAAACCCCAAAGAGCAGCACCAUGUCUAGCAGCAGACAGCGUUCACUGGAGGCUUAAGACACACUCUUGUGUUCUAAUAAAAAUGCUGAAUAUGAAAUUUAGGCUCUAAUUCUUGCUAAAUGGUUAUCUACCUAGACUAUACCUAGAUAAUUUAUGACAAGAUAAAAAUUCUGUCAUUGUUGACUCAUCACCCCAUAUGCUGUUCUAAGGAACAAAUGUUAGAAGUUUGGAAUGAAAUGAGUGUUCCUAACAACAAACAGAAGAGGGCAGAAUUUAUCCAUGUUAGCGAGUCAGAUCAUACUAGAAUUCCCACAAUGCCCUCAUGUCUGUCAUGUUGCCUGAAUAAAUCUAAAUAAUCUUUUUCCAGUACCCAGUUCUUUGUUUUGUUAAAUAAAUCGUCAAGUGGUCA